CUCAGACUAUAAAGCUAACACCAAUAGACCCAUUCACAAGCACCAAAAUGCCGCACACAAAGACUGAUAUCGGGAUCCGCUACCCCCAAGACGAGGAGCAGAGUCGACGCCUGCGCAAUACCACCCAGGAUCAAAGGACCUCGCAACGAUUGCAGGAUGCGUCGCACUCGGCUGGUGUGCGAUCCCAAGCAGCAGAUCUAACUUCUAAUUGGGGCCCAGAGGAGUGGUUCGAGACCACAGUGGACGAGAAUGGUAACCCUGUCGCUGAUCAAUGGUCUUUUACCGAUGGCGCUAGGAUGAAGAAGGGCGUGUCGGGUCAAAAUGAGGCAGAUGCGUUUGAGGCGGCGAAUAAUACUUUUGAUUGAACCGAAGGUUCUGAUGCGAUGUAUUCUUCUAAAAGCGCCUGGUAAUCUGGGUACAACAAAGGCAACGAAAGCAUUGCCGGUCCGGUAUAUCAAUGAGAAAUGAAAAACGAAAGUACAGG